AUGGCUUCGAAGAGAGCGCUGGUCAUCCUGGCGAAGGGAGCGGAGGAGAUUGAGACGGUGGUCCCCGUAGAUAUCAUGAGACGGGCUGGAAUCAAGGUCACCGUUGCGGGUUUGGCGGGAAAGGACCCCGUGCAGUGCAGCCGAGACGUCGUCAUCUGUCCCGAUGCCAGCCUGGAAGAUGCCAGGAAACAGGGGCCUUACGAUGUCGUGGUUCUGCCGGGAGGAAACCUGGGCGCCCAGAAUCUGUCUGAGUCUGCCGCUGUGAAGGAGAUCCUGAAGGAGCAGCAUGGCCGCCAGGGCCUCAUCGCCGCCAUCUGUGCAGGUCCUACGGCUCUGUUGGCUCAUGAAAUAGGUUUUGGAAGCAAAGUCACAACACACCCACUGGCUAAGGACAAAAUGAUGAAUGGGAACCACUACAGCUACUCAGAGAGCCGCGUGGAGAAGGACGGCCUGAUCCUCACCAGCCGCGGCCCGGGCACCAGCUUCGAGUUCGCGCUGGCCAUCGUGGAGGCGCUGAGUGGCAAGGAGGUGGCCGAGCAGGUGAAGGCCCCGCUGGUGCUGAGAGACUAG